AAUUAUUUAUACCGGUACCAGUAACCUAUUAUAACCUAUAACUCAACGUUAACGGUAGAAUAGAACUGAAGCAUGGGCGAGUUCGAUACGAGAUACGAGUAGGAAAGUUACUGUUGCGACGCAUCAAGUAUCGAACAACACGCUGAACCCGUCUCAGUCGGACAUGCAACGCGCGUACGACGCACUGGGCAACGCGUGUCCGACAGGCACCGGCCAGCUGCUAGCUCCGACGGCGGAGCCGCCCAACCAGUGCGUCCUUGCCCCCAACCAGUCACCGGGGGCGGCAUCCAACGCCAGCCUGCCAUUGAUGGAGGGCAUGGGUGAGGGAGGCGAUGGAGUGGCGGCGACUGCGCAGACGGCCGCCUCCAUACAGCAAACGGUCGCCAUCAUGCAGAACACACUGUUUGACUUCUCGCUCAGCUCAGAUUCGCCCAGCACCAGUAUCGGUGCUGGAGAUGAUAGUUUGGCUAGCCUUGAGCUGCCCGCUGGCUUACAGCCGAACCAAGUGACAGCGACGCCAGUCCAAGGCACUAAAGAGUGGCACCAGACAGUCACAACCGAUCUCAGAAGCAGCCUCGUCCGGAAAUUGGCGCAGGCAAUAUUCCCUACCCCAGAUCCACAAGCAAUGUUGGAUAAACGAAUGCACGCUCUUAUAGCUUAUGCUCGAAAAAUUGAAGGAGAAAUGUACGAAAUGGCUAACUCAAGGAUUGAAUACUAUCAUCUUCUGGCAGAAAAAAUUUACAAGAUCCAAAAAGAACUGGAGGAAAAACGACAGAAGCGGAAAGAACAGCAGAUAUUGCAGCAACAACAACAACAGCCGCCUCCACCGCCCACACCGCCCCCGCUGUCCACCAUCACAACGCCGGUUGUCUCCAAUGUUUCCACUGUUACAGGAUUUCCUCAACAACUACAAUCCCAACUGGGGCAACAAGCACUGCAACCGCAAGCGCCGACGCAGUCGCAACCGCAGGCACCGCAGUCGUCGGUGGGCGGGACAGGACCCAGCUCCGUUUCGGCUUGUCCUGUGAUGCUGUCGCCAGUUGUAGUCGAUGCCCCCACCCCCUCUCCAGCCGCAGCCGCCACCAGCAAGGCCUACACAAUUCCGUCGCGUCCGGCCUCGGCCGCCAGCGCCGCCUCCAAGGGCAAGUGCGAGCCCAAAAUCAAGGAGGAUCCGGACGAUGCCAGCCAGGGGGGCAGCGAUGGCGAAGGUGGUAAAGGCGGCAAGGGCAUGGCUAACGGCGAAGGCAACAUCACCUUUGAACCCAUCGAUGAAGACGAUGAUACUGGUUUCAUAAUAAUCAUAGAAGAGUAUCAAGAGCCAAAUUCGCAAGGGGAGGAAAAGAAGAGCAAGUGCUUAUUCAAACCGAACGAGUUGCGGCAGGCGCUAAUGCCGACUCUGGAGAAGUUGUUCCGCCAAGACCCUGAGUCGUUUCCGUUCCGGCAGCCGGUGGCCACUUCCAAGUACUUAGAGGUGAUCGAGCGACCCAUGGACCUGUCGACCAUUAAGCGCAAGCUCAACACCGGUCAGUACUCGGACCCCUGGGAAUAUGUCGACGAUGUCUGGCUUAUAUUCCACAACACCUGGCUAUUCAAUCAAAAGACCUCGCGUGUUUAUAAAUAUUGCACAAAGUUGUCUGAGGUUUUCAAACAAGAAAUAGACCCAGUGAUGCAGUCGCUUGGAUACUGCUGUGGCAGACAGUACUCGUUCAAUCGCCCCGUGCUAUGCUGUUACGGCAAGCAGCUCUGCACUAUUCCAACAAAUGCCCUCUAUUAUACCUACCAGAACAGUAUACGAAGUUAUGGUGUUCUGUCCGACAGAUACGCGUUCUGUCACAACUGCUUCAAUGACAUCCCCUCUUUGGGCGAUACCGUCACGCUGGGUAAUAAACCGACGCACCCACUAACUUUAAUUACAAAAGAACAAUUUAAAGAGAUGAAAAACGAUCAUAUAGAAUUGGAGCCAUUUGUUGAAUGCAUAGAAUGUGGCAGAAAGCUACAUCAGAUAUGCGUUCUACACAUGGAAAACAUUUGGCCUGAGGGCUACACCUGUGAUAAUUGCAUAAAGAAGAAGGGCUCAAACCGGGAAGAAAACAAAUUCAAUGCGAAACGACUGCCGACGACGAAGCUGGGAACGUACAUCGAGACGCGCGUCAACAACUUGCUCAAGAAGAAGGAGGCGGGCGUCGGUGAGGUGACCAUUCGCAUUGUCGCCAGCUCCGACAAAAUUGUCAAAGUCAAGCCUGGCAUGAGGAACAAAUUCGUGGAGAACGGAGACUUGCCGGAGCAGUUUCCGUACCGGGCAAAAGCGCUGUUUGCGUUCGAGGACAUAGACGGCAUCGACGUGUGCUUCUUCGGCAUGCAUGUGCAGGAAUACGGCAGCGAGUGCCCCACGCCCAACACGCGGCGAGUCUACAUCGACUCAGUCCACUUCUUCCGGACAGACCAGUUCCGGACGGCUGUCUGCCGCGAGAUUCUGCUCGGCUACUUUGACUAUGUCAAACAACUAGGGUAUACGAUGGCUCAUAUAUGGGCAUGUGCUCCAUCAGGAGCUGAUGAUUGCAUAUUCCACUGUCAUCCAUUAGAACAAAAAAUACCUGAACCGAAAAGGUUACAGGACUGGUACAAGAAAAUGCUGAACAAAGGAAUUGUUGAGAGGAUUGUCAUAGAUUACAAGGACAUGUUGAAGCAAGAUGUAGAGGACAAACUGAGAUCGGCGGCCGAGCUGCCCUACUUCGAGGGCGACUUCUGGACGAUCGUGCUCGAGGAGUCUAUCAAGGAGGAGGAGGAGCUGAAGCAGGAGCAGAGCGAAGUGGGCCCUGACGGCAACAAGAAAGGCCACAAGAAGGCGAAAAAGUCCAACAAAAAGAAGUCCACGCCGCAAACGGGCAACGAUUUGUCGGCAAAGAUGGAGAAGCACAAGGAUGUGUUGUUUGUCAUCAGGCUGCAUUCUGUGCAGUCGGCCGCUAGUCUGGCUCCAAUUGAAGACCCUGACCCAUUGAUGAACUGUGACCUGAUGGACGGACGUGAAGCUUUCCUUAGGAUGGCGCGCGAGAGGCACUACGAGUUCUCGUCGCUGCGGCGAGCCAAGUUCUCGUCAAUGGCCAUGCUCUACGAGCUGCACAAUCACAACCAGCGCCAGGGCCAGGGCCAGGGCCAGGACACCUGUAAUCAUUGCAAGCGACAUGUCGAGACGCGUUACCAUUGCACUGUCUGUCAUGGUUACAAUUUGUGUGUACAAUGCUACGAGAAAGAAGGCCAUCCUCAUAAAAUGGAGAAACUUGGUUUGGAGUUGGACGUUGGCUCUUCUCCAGCCGAUCCACAGGAGGCGAGAAAGCAUUCUAUCGAACAAUGCAUCCAGAUGCUGGUGCACGCUUUUCAUUGCAAGGAUGCCAACUGCUGUCGGCCAGGCUGUCAGAGGAUGACGAGGAUCAUUCAGCAUACGAAUAAGUGCAAAAACAGGGACAAUUGCGCUAUUUGCAUCCAACUCAUCUCUCUUUGUUGUCAUCAUGCUAGGUACUGUCAGGAGGUGACGAAGUGCCCGGUGCCGUACUGUUGGGACAUCAAGCAGAAGAUAAAGAAGCAGCCACAGCAACCUGCGGCUCUGCCCUCUUCCGCCCCUGCCCCUGCCCCCGCCGCCUCCCCCGCUAUCGGCCACACGCAGAAGCCGCCCGCCAACGUACUCCACGUUGUCAAAGAGGAGGUGCAGGAAGAGUCGGCUCGGCAGCAGGGCAAGACUGCCCCCUCGGUGCCACAGGUGUUGCCCCCGCGACAGAUGCACAUGUUGCCUAGACCACCGGUCAUGUCCAUGGACCAGUCGCAACCAAGGUGUCCAGGGAACGCGAAGAUGCAGCCGAAUGCCGGCCUGAAGCAGCAGACGCCUCAGCCGGCCGGCGGCGGGGGGAGAGGAACAGCAGGAGGGCAGCCGCAACCGGAGCACAACUGGCCGCUUGCGAUGCAACAGCUGCGGCAAUUAUUCCAGAGCAAUCCCCAGCUCAUGGCUGCAUGCAGCAAGCAGCCUCAACAGCAGCCCCAGCAGCAGAAGAAAUGCAUGAUGAAGCACAAUACAGCAGCAAUGGAGCAACAACAGAGCUGUCCAGCUGGGUACGGCACCCCCCAGCAGAGGCUGCCUGCCAUGCGUGGUGGCUACCCGGGCCAGAGUGCGUGCGGCUACGCGGUGGCGGGGGGCGAUGUCAACCAGCAGCAGCAGAUGAUGAUGCGGUCGCCGCCCCCCAUUCGCAGGCUGGCACCCCUUGCCCCUCCUGACCCCAACGUCCUCACGCCUGUGGACCAGUUGUCCAAGGUUGUUGAACAGUUGUAGUUUCGUGCAGCCUUCUAGCGAACUGCUGCACAGUGUGUGAUAGGGCUUGGCCGCCCGCCCCUCUCCUACCAAAUAAUUAGGCCAAUCGUGCUUCAGUACAUACAAACUGAUGAUAGCACGCACUACUUGUCGAUUCUACUUGAAAGUCAUCGUCACUGCUCCAUGUUUGUGUUGUAGAAAGCUGGGUGCGUCGUGUAAAGUCAAUGUAUAUUUUAACAAAUAAGCAUAAUAUUUUUAUAUUUUGAUAAGACAAAAUGCAAAGACUUGUUGACUAGUAAGUUGAAUUUGGUUUUACGUAUGUAUAUUAUGAAAAUAUUGUUCUAUUCAAGACUUCUAGACUUUGCUAAAGUAAUGAUAACUAUUUUUGAAAAGAACUACUAUGAAAACGACUUGUUCGUGAAGUACCUUAGUGUCAUAGUAUCGCAGUGUUCAGCUAAAUGAGCAAUAAUAUUAAUAUUAUUCGAUUCAGAUAUUUUUUUAUUUGUUAGCGAAAAAGCUAGGAGUCCUUCUGUUGAGUUCUGAUUGUGAAAUACGAUUUUCGAAUCAAUAUUUUCUUCAAGUUACUUUAUUAUUAGUUUUCUCUUUUUCAUUCCGGUACUUCAUAAUCAUAAUAUUGUAUAGAGCUAUCAUUUUCCUAUUUCAUAAGCAUAAUAGACAUGGAAUUUGGUCCUAAAACUUGUCGAGAUCAUGCAUUUCUAAAUUUCAUAACAGGUUGAAUUGGUUGAAAAGAUUUCAACUUACUGUACGGAAUUUCUCAUACUAUUAUUAUUAAAUUACGAAGAAAAUAUUCUAUUCGAAUAAAAUGGACUAAUAGAUCUAGCAUUUUUAUUCGAAUAUUUUUCAAAUAAUUGUUUAAUCUGAAUACAUAAUCUUGUUCAUUUAGCCGAUUAGUCGUCAAAGCAAUAUUCACAAUUAAGUUGAUAGAAGUUGUUGUUUCAUUAGGGUAAUGUCAUUCAACGAUUGAUGUUGUUUAAGUUAUCAUUUUCAACUAUUAUACAUUAUUGAUAUUUUCCAUGAUGUUAGCAAGUUUUUUUGGUCAAAUCAAAUCUAAUAUUUUGGUAACGGAGCUUUUCGAGUUGUGAAAUGUGUCAAAAUGCUCCUGUAAUCUUGCUAAAAUCCAGAUAAAGUAUAAUGUAUAGAUAAUGUAUUUAACUUUUUAAUUAUAAUCGAAAUAAACAUUAAAUAUUAGCUCUUAUUUGGUGCCUGUGUGAGUGUGUGUGUUGAUGUGUGUGAGGGAUUAUAAUACGUUGUUAUCAUGUAGUAGUGAAAAUGGACACUUGCUGUGGACUUUGGACAUGUAGCUCUCUAGUGCCUUUCAAAUGACAGACGUGCAUUCAGGCUGUGUAUCUCUUUUUGUUGUUUACAACAGUACCCAUUUUUGCUAGAGGUUACCUCUUUAUAUUUCAUACUCUUAAAGCCUGAUAAUUCUUAUAAGUUCUACAAAAUUAUUUAUCUGUAGAUUAUCGACAAAAUAACUAAGUAAUAAUGUUUAAUGCUAUGAGAUCAACUUCAGUUCAAAUUAUAAAUGUUUCAAAUAAUUUACGUUUUACCACAUUUCUUUUCUUGAUUGAUUACUAUCUCAAUUAUUGAAUAAACGUCGAAAACAACUGGAAGACCUUGGCUCUCUUUGGGCUAUAAUUGCCAAUUACAUUCAAUAGGUACCCACUAUUGCAUCCCACUUGAGUUUCUUUAUUCCUGCUGAUUGAAAGGUUUUUACACGUACAGCCGCGAAACCUAAAUUCAUGUGUUGCUCCUCUCAUAGAGUUCAUUUUUUCAUUAAUCAAAAUUAACCUUUUUGGAAGGAUGUGGCUCGCCGGAAUAGGAAUCCAACAAAGCUAUUACAUUUUAGUAACAAUUCUUUGGAGCCUCAACAUUAACAAAUUUCCACUGUAUAUUUUUAUGUUGUGAAAUUGAUUCCUGUGUGAUUGAUUUCUGUGUGAUUCCUCUUGAUGCUACAUGUCUUAUAUAGUUUCAUUUGCUAUCUUUAUUAUUAAUUUAUUGCAGCAGUAUUAUCGAUUCAAAUCAAACUACUCUAUCACAGAGUGUCCAAACACUUUGCCAGUUUAGUUGAAUAUUUGAUUUUUUGUGGUUUGUGAAUAAGGUGAGGUUUUGUAAAGAUAGCCGCUCAAUGUACAGAUGUUAAGAUAUUCCAAAGAUUACAUAAUAGAAAUAGAUAAAUUUUUAAGUGAAUAAUGCGAAUUUAUUCUAAAAACCUUUGUGAUUGUUGAAAUUGAAUUUUUCACUUUCAUACGAACAAAUUACUGUUUAUUAAUCUCUAAAUUUAGAGUGUGAUUGAAACAUGGACCGUUAAAUAAGGAUAUAAUUAUUAUAUGAAUAUUAAUAGGCCUAAGGCUAAUCGUGCUUCAGUACAUACAAAGUGAUGAUAGCACGCACUUCUUGUUGAUUCUCUCUUCAUUAUUAAAGUCAUCGCCAUUGCAUCAUGUUUGUGUUGUAGAAAGCUGGCUAAAAAGUGCAUCGUGUAAUGUCAAUGUAUUUUUUAACAAACAAGAUUAUUAAAGCAUAAUAUUUUUAUAUUUUGAUAAGACAAAAUGCAAAGACUUGUUGACUAGUAAGUUGAAUUUGGUUUUACGUAUGUAUAUUAUGAAAAUAUUGUUCUAUUCAAGACUUCUAGACUUUGUUAAAGUAAUGAUAACUAUUUUUGAAAAGAACUAAUAUAAAAACGACUUGUUCGUGAAGUACCUUAGUGUUAUAGUAUCGCAUUGUUCAGCUAAAUGAGCAAUAAUAUUAAUAUUAUUUGAUUCAGAUAUUUUUUUAUUUGUUAGCGAAAAAGCUAGGAGUCCUUCUGUUGAGUUCUGAUUGUGAAAUACGAUUCUCGAAUCAAUAUUUUCUUCAAGUUACUUUAUUAUUAGUUUUCUCUUUUCCAUUCCGGUACUUCGUAAUCAUAAUGUAUAGAAUUAACAUUUUCCUAUUUCAUAAGCAUAAUAGACAUGGAAUUUCGUCCUAAAACUUGUAAAAAUCAUGCAUUUCUAAAUUUCAUGACAGUUUGAAUUGGUUGAAAAGACUUCAACUCACUGUACGGAAUUUCUCAUACAAUUAUUAUUGAAUUACGAAGAAAAUAUCCUAUCCUAAUAAAAUGGACUAAUAGAUCUAGCAUUUUUAUUCGAAUAUUUUUCAUUUUAAGUUGAUAGAAGUUGUUGUAUCAUUAGGGUAAUGUCAUUCAACGAUCGAUGUUGGUUGAAUGAUCAUUUUCAACUAUUUUACAUUAUUGAUAUUUUCCAGUAUGUGUUAGAGAGUUUUUUUGUCAAAUCAAAUUUAAUAUUUUGAUAACGGAACUUUUCGAGUUGUGAAAUGUUUCAAAAUGGUCCUGCAAUCUUGCUAAGAUCCGGUUAAAGUAUACAUAAUUUACUUCACUUUUUUAAUAUAAUCGAAAUAAACAUUAAAUAUUGGUUUCUUUAUUGUUUAAGAAUUUUGUAACGAGUGUUUCUAUAUAAACUCGUCUCAUGUAUACAUCUAUAAUUUGGAUUUUGGUGAUUUAUUGAACGAGGACCAAAAUUGGAGCUCUGAUCUGGUGCCUGUGUGUAUGUGUUGAUGUGUGUGAGUAUAAUAGGUUGCCAUCAUGUAGUAGUGAAAAUGGACACUUGCUGUGGACUGUGGACAUGUAGCUCUCAAGUGCCUCUCAAAUGACAGACGUGCAUUCAGUCUGUGAAUCUCUUUUUGUUGUUUACAACAGUACCCAUUUUUGCUAGAGGUUACCUCUUUAUAUUUCUUACUCUUAAAGCCUGAUAAUUCUUAUAAGUUCUACAACAUUAUUUAUCUGUAGAUUAUCCACAAAAUAACUCAGUAAUAAUGUUUAAUGUUAUGAGAUCAACUUCAGUUCAAAUUAUAAAUGUUUUAAAUAAUUUACCAUAAUAGUUUUACCACAUUUCUUUUCUUGAUUGAUUACUAUCUCAAUUAUUCAAUAAACGUCGAAAACAACUGGUAGACCUUGAUUUUACAGUGAUUGAAACAUGGACCGUCCAAUAAGGAUAUGAAUAUAAUAAUUAGGAAAACUGUUGUGUGAACAAAAUUUGAAAGAUAAAUAUUUUGGUAAUAAUCUAUGUAUAUCUAUGUACUUUUGUCUUUUUGUUGUAAUAGAAAUUGUGAUCCUUCUCAGAUCAUUUUGAUGAUUUUAUAAAAUAAAUAUUUGAAGAGUUACAAGUUAA